CGUGCGUUUAAAGUGACGACAAAUGGGCGAUCGUGCGGAGUUGCGCUGUUUGUAUGGCACUUUUGGUUUGCACGGCAGGGGGAGGACCCACGAAGCCCGGUGGGCAUAAAAAAGCAGAGGCAGAAAAAGUUGUGACAAGUUUUGUGACAGCGGAGUGAGUGUGUGCGCUCAGAGAGACGACUCGGAGCUCCAGCAGCAGCAGCAGCAGCUCGGAGGGGGAAGAUGGCGCGGCGCUCCGGCCGUGCCACGUCUCGGUGUGAAGAAAUACAAACACAUCCCAGAAAGAUGGCAACAUCUGCGGUUUGGUUGUGCUUGUGCCUCCUUUUUCCGUCCGCGGAGGCCGGACUGUACACGGCUUCGGACCAGAUCGUGUUGUUAACUCAGGAAAAUGUGGAGUCUAUUUUGAUCAACUCCACAGCUGCUAUGAUCGUGGAGUUUUACGCUUCGUGGUGCGGACACUGUGUCGCCUUUUCUCCGACGUACAAAGCCCUGGUCAGAGACAUUAAAGAGUGGAAGCCGGCUGUGGAUCUGGCAGCUGUAGACUGCGCUGAUCAGGAGAACAGGGAGGUCUGCAAAACCUACAAAGUCCGAGGGUACCCCACAAUAAAGUUCUUCCAUGCCUACUCCAAGCCUGAUUAUGAAGGACUGCCUUUUAGAGAGUUUAGCCGUAAUGUUCAAGACCUCCGUCACAAGAUCUUAGACAAACUGGAAACCCACGGUGAACCCUGGCCCCCUGCCUGCCCCCCACUGGAGCCCACCAGCCAAAUGGAGGUCGACGUCUUCUUUGAGACGAACGAUGUCAAACACCUGGCUCUCAUCUUUGAAGAUGCCACGUCGUACGUUGGCCGAGAGGUGACCCUGGACCUGUUACAGUUUGACAGCAUUGCGGUGCGCAGGGUCCUGAACACUGAGGAAAGCCUGGUGACCAAACUGGGCGUCACAGAGUUUCCAUCCUGUUACCUUUAUUAUCCUGGAGGCAACUUCACCAGACUCAGAGUUGACAUUGAGGCUCGUGCCUUCUACUCUUAUGCCCUCCAGAGGCUACCGGGGGUGGUGCGGUCAGGGAAGCCUCCACCAGUCUCCACCGAACUCCUUAAAAACAACACAGAGGAUCCCUGGAGACCGUUCGACAAGUUCAGGGUGUAUAUGGCAGACCUGGAGUCAACGCUGCACUACUCCCUGCGCGUUGAGCUGGGUGCUCAGUCUGUUUUCCAAGGGCGGGCACUGACUUCUCUCAAGGCUUACAUCUCUGUCUUGGCCAAGUACUUCCCAGGCCGUCCUAUAGUGACGAACCUGCUGAAGGAUUUAAACUCCUGGCUACAGAAGCAGACUGGAGAUCGCAUUUCAUACGAAGCAUUUAAAGAAAAACUGGAAAAUGAUGCACAGUCUCCAAACUCGACGCUGCCAGACGGCGUGAGGUGGGUGGGCUGCCAGGGUUCACAGCCCCACUUCAGACGUUAUCCCUGUGGGGUGUGGACUCUCUUCCAUGUUCUUACUGUUCAAGCUAACAGCAAAGGCUCAGAUCCUCAAGAGGUGCUGCGUGCGAUGAGAAGCUACGUCCACAACUUCUUUGGCUGCAGGGAGUGUGCGGGACACUUUGAGAACAUGGCAGCAGAGACUCUGGAGCAGGUGACAUCACUGCCCACAGCAGUCUUGUGGUUGUGGUCCAGACACAACGUGGUCAACAACAGACUGGCAGGUGCUUUGAGUGAAGAUCCUCAAUUUCCAAAGAUCCAGUGGCCUCCGCCCGACAUGUGUUCAGCCUGCCAUGCAGUAAAGGACAACGGGGAGCACACGUGGAACCUGACGGAGGUUCUCAAGUUCCUGUUGACCUACUUCUCCUCCGACAGAAUCCUCACAGACUACCUGGAGAGUGAAAGCCAGAUUUUGGAAAAACAGAGGGAGAAACAUGCCAGCCAGCAGGUCGUUCACAUAGCUGAGAGACACGCAGAGAGAAGAGCCAGGGAGGCCUUGGACUUCAGAAAACAUCCUCUGGAAACAGAAUCCACUGAGCAGGAGGAAGAGGAAGAAAAAGGCGGGGAGGUGGAGGAAGAGGAAGAAGGCCCACAGGAUGAAACGGCAGCAGAGGAAGAAGAGGAAGAUGAAGAGGAUGGACUAGCAGGUGACAUGGUAGGAAGAUCGUCUGAGCCAACGCCUUGGGCCAAGCCUGAAAUGGAGCUGGGUCGUGGCCGGCAGCAGGCUCGGAGGAGACCGAGCUUUGUGAGAAUGAGGAGAGACCCGCAGGAGGACAUUGUGGAUCUCGACUCGUUUGUCAACCAGCACUACAAGGCCAAGGCGCUGCAGAUGGCUACCUCCACCCGAGUCAAACGACGCAGCCUGCAGAGAAAGGAAGAGCAGGAGCCCGGGCCGGUGUUUGGGCUCGGCAUGGAGCUGGGCGCAGGGUUGGGGAUGGUGGGUCUGGAACCAGUGGAUGCAGGCUUUGAUCUGGAUUUUGCGCGGCCAAGGAAGCGGCUGCAGAAGCGAGACGUGGCGGGCCAGUACUUUGGUCAGGAGGCUGAGCUGAGGCACAAGGGACGCUUGAUGUCCGUGUUGACCAUUGGCUUCUCGAAAGUGGACAUCAGCUUGUGUGUCUUCCUUUAUUUCCUGUCCUCCCUGUGUCUUCUGGUCAUGUACCUUUUCUUCAAAAACCGCCUCAGACGACGGCGGCCUAAAAUCUCCGUCCCCUGAGCCAACAUGUGUGCUAAUUUCACCUGAGUCAUAACAAAGAUUAACAUUCAUUUGGUUAAUGUCUCCUAAGUUUGAGCGCACUGCACACAAAUAUAAAAUGCUGCCCUCCAUAACUGUCCAGUUAAAUGUUACCUGCAGUGACACAUUUUACUGUGAAUUUCACUAUUUUCUGUCCAACUACAGACGAGGAGAAGGGAAAGUUAGCAAGUUACUUUAAAAAAAUCAGGACAGUCAUGAUUUUAUUUUCCGUGCAGCCUGCAGGGAAUUUCAUUCUUUCCACACUGACUGUGGGAAAAAUGUGUGUUUAGAUGUAUAUUUACAUGAAAUAAAGGAAAAUCAGUUUUUGUCACCACUUUAAACCCCAGUAUGAGCUGAAAUGUUUUCUGUAAUCUGUGUGAUAUAGAUACAGCGCUUAAAAUGUAUUAGAUCACCUGUCAUCAAAAACAAGAAAACACAAAUGUUUUAGAAAUGUGUCAAAAAGCUUGUUUAUAGCUAACAGCUGUCAUUUAUUAGGCAAAAUAAACUAAAUUCACAUUUUUAAUCCCAAAUUUGAGCCGACAGUGGACUCAGAGAGGAGUCAGAAAUUAAUCGGGUAAAGCAUCAAACCACCAAAACAUUUUUUUUUUCUGCAGGAAUUCAAGCAAAUAGCUUUAAUUUGGUGUCUUGAUUGGAAAAUGUGCUUUAUUAUCUUAUUAUUGUAUUUUUGUUUGUAAAAUGGUAAAUCUGAAAAUUCACAUGACAAUGAGUUUAUUUUCAGUUCAUUUUUAUUUAUAUAGCACCAAAUCACAAGUCACUUCAAGGUGCUUGAUAUUAUAAAGGUAAAGACUCUACAAUAGUACAGAGAGAACCCCACCUAUCAGAUAAACCCCCUCUGAGCAGGCACAUGGGUGACAGUGGGAAGGAAAAACUCCCCUUUAACAGGAACAAACCCCCAGGCAGAGCCUGGCUGAGAGACGAGAGACUGACUGGGGGUGAUGGGAGGAAGACUGGACCAAUAUCAUUUUGAUUCAAGAGCUUGCACAAACUGGCGGAUUAACAGAAACACAGAUGAUUUUGGAAAUGACUAAUACUGUUAGUUAUGGCAUAAAGCUGUACUGGGUGGUCUAAUAAGUUUCAGCUGUGUUUGGUUUUCUUUCACUUUUGGUGGAUUUUUAAAUUUACUGCUUUUGUUACUGUUUUCUGUCAGAUUCCCUCCUUAACGGUGUUGUGUGGCUGAGAAUUUAGUCACAUUACGUUUGUUUUGGUUGCUUUUUCAUUUCAGUCUCAAUUUUGUGAAUUUUAACGCACUAACGGUUAAAUGAACUUUGAGUGAUUCAGAGCAGUCGUGUUGAAUCUUAAAUUAUUGCUGAAAACUGUGACUCGACCAGAGAGAAGCAGAUGAGCUGCAUUGGUCCAAAUUACACUUGAGCUUGACAUGAUGUCUUUGAAUAUUACAUCACACUGAGUCCACGUAAUAGCCACUCUGGUUCUUGAAGUGGAGUGAGGGAUAUGUUCACACUGGACGAGGAUUUGGAUUAAUCGGGAUUUGUUGUGUUUUUGUUUUCUUGGCUGGGGUCCAUGAAUGAUGAAGCGCUGCUCUUCUUCGAUGUUUCCAUUUGCAUUGGUCUGAAUCAAUAAAAUUAUUUUUGAUAACGA